CAUGGUGGGGGAUGGGCACGUGAAUGCUGUUAUGACUGAUUCGCGGCUGCCGGACAAACUUCUCGAGGCCUCGUUGUUUAAAGCUUCUCUCAACGUUUGGUUUUAACGGGCAAAAGCAGCGGCUUCCUGUUGGUGCGAAACGAAUCUAAGGGAGCAGGCGUUUGCAUUUAAUCAACGCUGGAGAACGACUGUCUGCUUCUGCUAAACACGUGGAAGUGUUUGAUGGCUUUUUGAAAAUAGGAGCCCAAGAACAUGGUCAUCAUGUGCAACUAAAGACAUCUUGAUCACACGGGCUCCUAUCCUGUGCUGACCCAAUGGUUUAAUCAGCAGGACCAAAAUGAGCAUAAGCAGUGAUGAGGUCAAUUUUCUGGUUUACAGAUACCUGCAAGAGUCAGGUUUUUCUCACUCAGCUUUCACCUUUGGCAUAGAGAGCCACAUCAGCCAAUCCAACAUCAACGGCGCCCUGGUGCCCCCUGCUGCUCUCAUCUCCAUCAUUCAGAAGGGCCUGCAGUAUGUGGAGGCUGAAGUCAGCAUCAAUGAGGAUGGGACCUUAUUUGAUGGACGGCCCAUCGAGUCGCUGUCUCUGAUCGAUGCUGUUAUGCCAGAUGUAGUCCAGACCAGGCAGCAGGCCUAUAAAGACAAGCUGGCUCAGCAGGAGGUGGCAGCAGGCAGCGGCAGCAGCGCAGGACCCCAGGGUGGCGCCAAGAAUGGAGAGGGAGCUGCCAACGGAGAGGAAAAUGGAUCACACGCCUUAGCCAAUCACCACUCAGAGAUGAUGGAGGUGGACAGGGAUGUGGAGAUCCCUCAGAGUAAAGCUAUGGUCUUAAGGGGCCACGAGUCAGAAGUUUUUAUCUGUGCCUGGAACCCAGUGAACGAUCUCCUUGCCUCCGGAGUGAAGGCACUUUGCUGGCAACAGGGUCAUAUGAUGGCUUUGCUAGAAUAUGGACAAAAGAUGGUAACCUGGCGAGUACUUUGGGUCAGCAUAAAGGUCCAAUAUUUGCACUCAAGUGGAAUAAGAAAGGAAAUUUUAUCCUCAGUGCAGGUGUAGACAAGACAACGAUUAUUUGGGAUGCACACACAGGAGAAGCAAAGCAGCAGUUUCCUUUUCAUUCAGCACCUGCUCUGGAUGUAGACUGGCAGAGCAAUAACACGUUUGCCUCCUGCAGCACAGACAUGUGCAUCCACGUGUGUAAGCUGGGUCAGGACAGACCUGUCAAGACCUUCCAGGGACACACGAAUGAAGUAAAUGCCAUAAAGUGGGAUCCGACUGGCAGCUUGCUGGCCUCCUGCUCUGACGACAUGACGCUGAAGAUCUGGAGUAUGAAGCAGGACACGUGUGUCCACGACCUCCAGGCCCACAGUAAAGAAAUCUACACCAUCAAGUGGAGUCCAACAGGCCCCGGGACCAACAACCCCAGUGCAAACCUCAUGCUGGCCAGUGCGUCAUUCGACUCCACCGUGCGUCUGUGGGACGUGGAGCGCGGGGUGUGUAUUCACACUCUGACCCGGCACCAGGAGCCCGUUUACAGCGUGGCCUUCAGUCCUGAUGGGAGGCACCUCGCCAGCGGCUCCUUCGACAAGUGUGUCCACAUCUGGAACACUCAGACGGGGGCUUUAGUCCACAGCUACAGGGGGACAGGGGGGAUCUUUGAAGUCUGCUGGAACGCCACAGGAGACAAAGUCGGAGCCAGCGCGUCAGAUGGAUCGGUUUGCGUACUCGAUCUGAGGAAAUGACACUGGUGUGGGGGAGCCACGGACCGACUGCGAAUGUGUACAUAGCCAAACGACUGUCGCUGCCUGUCCGCCACACUGCUGUCAUCCUGUCAGACUCCAUGGCCCACGUGUCCUCACGUAAACACCGGACCACACACGACUCACACGACAGGUCUGCGUGGACGUUUUCAAAAACAUGUUUCCACCACCAUCAGAAGCAAACCAAAACUCCAGGAUUCUCUUUGCUGUCCUCUUUCAGUCAUGCAUUGGAUUUGUAAAGAUUUGUUUUUUUUGUUCUUGGUUGGCGUGUGCAUAUUGCACAUGUCAGCGCUCGGUGUCCUGUGGACAUUUUAUUAAUCUCUACUGGAUUUUUAUUACACGUGGGACGGGAGGGAACAGCGAGGGCUUGUUUUCUUUUUAAACAGAUAUUCAGACGUGUUCAUUAAAUCUAUUUAAUACUUGGAUGCUCUCUUCAAGGCCAAAAAAAAAGAUUUACAGCUUGGAAGAAGAGGUGAUUUAGUUUUGUCAACUCUAUUUUUAUCUAAUAAAUUUGUUCCAUUGUGACUCCUUUUUUUUAAACAGUUAAUCGAGGUGGUCAAAACAAAAUUCCUACCAGAGUUAAAGUGUAACAUUAAAAGUUGUUUCUCAGUGGGCUGCCACCUGCCACAGACUGUCAGCCUCACAGGAGAGCUGCGAACUCAAAACUGAAACGGUUACAAGACGCCUGCAGUUUGAACAGAUUCUAUAAACGUGUUGGAACUCAAGAGAGACUGAGACGUGAAAGAACCUCUGGAUAUUUGAAAGCUGGUCCCAGCCCAGUGAGAGACCACCUUACGAGUUUUUCCCUCCCAAGGCCUUCCAGGGAUGAGCUGGACCAGCAGCAGAGCCUGCUCUCUGGAGCUGAAGCCAAUCUGAAGAAUAUUUAAAAACUCACUUUAUUUCUCUGCAUAAAUAAAGAUAAAAUAUGUAGUUUUAAUCUGAAAUAAUCUGAGUAAUCCCUGCAGGUUGUAGAUGAAGCGGGUCAGGGUGAAGCCAUUACGAUCAUUGUCAGGUUUUUACCCAGCUGGUGUUUGAGGAGCUUCAGAUCCAUAGACUUAAUUCUGAAAUUAGAAUCAAACAGGACAGAGGCUUUUAAURGAUCUGGUUGAGGAAAACCAAACUGGAACCAUCUCUGGUGCCAGUCCUGGUCUAAAACUGAGACCCGUUAGGUGGAAAACCACCCCGCCUUUGCUGUUGAUGUGCUGCUGAACUUCACGUGUCUGAAUGAUGUGCUUUUGUUUCAGACGCAACAUCAAACAUCAUACCUGUAGGUGUUUUUUCUGGCCAAUUGAUAAAUCAGUCUGAUUUCCUGUCUGUGGUCUUUACCCAUACCUUCGAUCAACAUCCUUUCUCGUCACCGCUCUGAAGUGACAGACUUCCUGCAAAUGUUUGCAGUUUUUCUCUUCUACCCCCCCACAGCCCAGCGCUGCUGCUGUUCAGGCAGUUCCUCCUCGUCAACACAAUGAUGGGCUGCGCUCAUGCCCAGAUGUUUGUCACCUUCAGGAGUCUGUGCUCGGUAGAACGAUAUUUGAUGUAACCGCAAAAUAAGCAUACAAUACUAUAUAUAUAUAUUCAUAUAUAUAUUACACCGUUUCACUUAUGAAGUAUGCGGAACGGUUUUAUAAAAUACCAUUAAACAGUCAUAGCCAAAUACGAAACGGAACAGCGUUUAAAGAGUUUGAUUUUGGCGCUUCAGCCUAAUAUAGUGAARAGUUCAUCCAAGCCAGCUGAUGAAGAUGAAGGUGCGCAUCAGGGUGACGUGUUUGCCUCCUUUAGUUCAUCAGAUAACGGGUUCCAUGAUGACGUGUCACGUUGCAUUCAAAACAUUUUUACAGAAAAAAAACAAAAAAAUUUUGUACUAAAGAUGACAAACUAUGCUUUAAUUCAGUCAGCUGAUCUAAAAACAUGUCUAUGACAGUGGAAUGGUAUUUUAUAUCUGUUUUUAGAAAAGAGCUUUUUUCUUUUUUAUUUUCGGGGUUGGGGCAGGGGCGGUUUGUUCUAAAUGUCGACUCUUAUCUUUGCUACGAUGGAAAGCCCUUGAAGGUUUUGUACUUAAUAAAAGUUUUGUAAUUUUGAUUCAUUUGUAGCUGCGUACUCUAAAUGAACAAAAACUACCGGAUGAAUUUAAUUGUUGGUGUGUUAUAAUACAAASCAUGUAAAUACCAAUUUUCAAAAAAAAAUUGUUUUUUUUUUUUUCCCCUGCAAUGUGUUGUAUUCUCACGCUUGUGGUUGCUUUCUGCAGCCUCCAGAUCAGACUGUUGGAUUAUCAUUCAGAUAUCAAGGUCUAAAUAAAAUCUAUUUUGAUAAUA